CACUGAGAAGCAAGAACAGCUCCUCAAACCCACAGGAAACAAACGAAUCAUCCUGAGACAUGAAUUUUGAUUCUCUCUGCAACUUAAUGGAAGACAAGCAACUUCUCAGAAACCAACUAAAAGAACCCUGCAACACUGAAGGAAGGGACUAUGCAAGAACAUGUAGCACCUGCAACUCUAACUUAACAUCAUCAAGAGUACUUCCACCUCCAUCCUAUCAUUCCUCUGUGUAUAUUUAUAAUAGCAGUGACUGGGAAAUUUGCGAGGAGCUACGGCUUCGAGAGCUUGAAGAAGCCAAGGCAAGGACAGCCCAAAUGGAGAAGACCAUGCGUUGGUGGUCAGAUUGCACUGCCAACUGGCGAGAGAAAUGGAGCAAAGUUAGAGCUGAAAGAAAUAAAGCCCGUGAAGAGGGGAGGCAACUGAAGCUCAAGCUGGAAGCCUCAAUGAAAGACCUGAGUGCUGUGAAAAAAAUAAACCAGUGUUUACUCACUGAAAAUAAACAAGUGGAAGCUAGAAAUAUUAGGAAAAAUAACUUUCCUUUUUCUGAAAUGUGCUCAAUGACAGGAGACCAUUUAGGAUCUCUGGAAGAACAGCCUGCUAAACAUACCCAGAACAAGAUUUCUAAGGUUGAAAGUGGCAGCCAGGACAUUUAUGCAACUGAAUUAGGAGACCACCAAGAUUCAAAAAUCACCCUGGAAAUUCUUGGUUCUGGAGGCAAAUGUACUUCAGUUUUUCUGGAGAAUCCUAACACAAACAACAAUCCAACCCAAUUUCAGGAAGAUGAAGUAGUACAUAUUUCUGUGUUACAUUUGCAUCUCCACGAAUCAAGGAAAAUCUUGCAAAAGGAGCAAAAAAUCCGCUCAUCUCUGGAAAAAGAGAUAGAGAAGCUGAAGUCGGAAAAAACUCUAUGGAAAUGGAAAUAUGAGGAGUUAAGAAAGUCCAAACAGCAAAGUCGAAAGCAGUUUGGUAUACAUAAUGAUGCACAUCAGGCUGAAGUGGAAAAAAACAUGGAAGAUUUACAGGAAGACAAAGGAGCCAAAUCCCAAAAUAUCUGGGGGUUACAAUCAGAGAUGGAGAGACUACAGUCUGAAAGUGCAUCAGAGCGGGAAAGAAGAAAAAUCCUUGACACAGAAAAGCAGGAACUAGAUAUAGAAAACAGAAGACUGAAGAUAAAGAUGAAAGAUCUUCAAGAUACUCUUGACAGAAAAAGUAAACUGUCUGCAAUUCUUUCAUGCAGAGAUCUCAAGCUACCACACAGUGACCUGCUGGGAAAAAAUAAGGAUCUUAUGGAUCUGCAAUACAGUGAUGGUGAGCUAUACAAGCAGGACCAAGAUAUUCUGGCAGAACUGAUGCAUACACGAAAGAGGGUGGAACAGCAUAAGGCAGAAGCAAAGGAGCUGAGCAUUCGAGUUGAAGAUCUAAGAAGAAAAUUGAAACAAGCAGAAAGCAAGAAACCUUCAGAGGCAAGAAAGGACAGCAAUUCUACCCACAAUCCAUCUUCUCCCUGAACUGAUAAUUCCUGCUGACAACACUGAAGCUGGUGUUUUUCCAACAUUUUCCCCAGGCCAUGUGGCCUUCUUCUCCCUUGCCACCUGUUCAUCUUGCAGUGAUGACAUUAUCUGUUCUACCGUCCAAUCCCAAAUAAACACAAAUGGGACAGAGUGGAGAACAGCAGAGGGGGGGAAACUGCAGCAUAGCACUAUAACACCUGUAAACACAUUCUCUAUUCUCAUCUUAAAGGAUGAGUGAAUGAAGGCUGUGGCAGGAGCUGUGCUCUCUCCCUCCCUCCCUCCCUCCCUCUCUCUCUCACACAUACACACACACACCUCCCCCCCUUACACACAUAUACCUUCCAGCCCUUGGAGCAAGUGAAUAGGCAGCUGUUUUCCUUGUAGUAAGUCAGUGAUGGGGAACUUGUGACCCUCCAGAUGUUUCUGGACUACAACUCCCAUCAUCCCUGACCAUUGCCCAUGCUGUCUGGGGCUAAUGGGGAGUUUGAGUCCAACAACAUCUGGUGGGCCACACAGGUUCCCUAUAUCUGCACUAAGUGCAUGUAGAGGGCAAUAAGAAGCUGUUGAGUCUUUCCCCAGACUUUGAUAUUUCUUUCAAUAUGCCAGCUGAUGGUACGUUUGCAAAUAAUGUUUGAAUAGCAGCACCAGUGUCUUCCACACCAGUUACAUGGAUGGGAAAGUCAGUGUAUUUUAUCAACACUACCAAUCAAUAUGUAAAUUUGCAUCAGAACCAAACAUAAGCAAUAACUUUUUUCUGACAUAGAUUAAUCUCAGUGCCACAAAAUAUAAUUGGGGAGGGCAGACAAAGAAAAAAGAAUAGAUGAAGAUUCAAGAAUUCAAGAAGGUUCUUUAUUUUAAUGGCAAUAGGUUUAUUAUUUUAUUAUAAUUAACACAGUAACCUUUUUAUAUUCUUAAAAAGAAUACAAUGAAUACAAUUAUUCUGGAAAACCUAAGAACUAGGUGACAUUAAAAGUUCACCAUUCCAUCUCACUACUAAAGUAGUUACAUGCUAAAAAUGCCCCCAGUUUUUAUUGCUUGAGCUAUUUAGCCUGAAAUGUAGAAGAAAAUCCUGUGGUCUGCUACCCAAGUCCUUCAUACCACAAAAGAAUUAAAAUAAAAAUUAGAUUUAAUCAAGUCUUGUAAUGAAGAAUGAGAUUGUAUAUUAAAUCUUAAUUACUUUUUUUCCUGAAAUGUAACCAAAUAAUUCAAAAUUAAUGUUGCAGUGAGGUAGCACUUCAGUUAGCACGACCCAAGAGGGUAAUUGGAAUAGUUAUGGAAUGUUACCAACAUGGUUAACAUACAUCUUUUGUCUUCUUUAUUAGCUCUUUGUAUUUUCAUAGGCAGAUAUUCUCU